AUGGCAUGCAUUAAUGCAGGAUUUGGUCAUGACCCGUUGAUAAGGUUCUUUGAAUGCAUGGAUUUUCCACCUCCUCAUCCACGAACUUUGAAAUCUACUGAGAAUGAGAUGGGCCCAGGUUUUGUUAUGGUAGCUACAGAAAGUUUUAAAAAAGCUAUCGAAGAGGAAAAAGCACUUACGAUUGUUGAGCUAUCAUUACCAGAGUAUACUGCAGAUGCAUUUACCACUGGCUGUGGUAUGUGUGAACGAGGACAUGAUCAAUCUGAUCAUGAAUGCUGUAGUAAUUGGUCUGGCAGUUUAAAAGCUAUGGAAGCUGCUAUGGGUGUACGGUUUAUGCUGGAAAAUGAUCUAUUUAAGGAAGCCAGGGUUCAAGUUGGAACAUUUAUUGGCGACGAUGAUGCUUGUACUUAUUCAGCAGUACAAAGACAGGCAUCUCAUAACAUACUGAAAUUAUCCGAUGCAAACCAUGUUCGAAAGAAGUUUGGGUCUGAUUUAUAUGAACUUAAUUCAACUUACAAAGAACUAAAUGGUCCUGUUAUACCUCAUUUGAAGAAAUGUUUCAACUAUGCAUUGGAUCAAAACCGGCAUAACUCUGGAGAUGCUCGAAAAGCUCUAUUAAAUAUCGUCAACCAUGUUUAUGGUGAGCACAAGAACUGUGGAGAUUGGUGUAAAGCCAAAGAUAAUCCUCACAAACGAAUAACUCGUAUUGCUCAUGGUGGUUCAUCACAACCCGAUGAAUCAUUCAAUCACAUGGUUGCAAUGAAAUAUCCAAAAAAUCGGCACUAUGCAGAGACAAAUUCAUAUAAAUAUCGAACUUUAGCAGCUGUUUGUUUAAAAAAUCUAGGUGCUUCUUAUAUGAAUGAAGUUUUUUCUGCAGUUGGUUUAAAAGCAGGCGAUAACAUGAAAAAAUAUUUAUCAAGAAGAAACACACUUCGUGAGAAUAGAGCAUUAAUACAGAAUUCUGUACGUUACAAACGUAAACGUUGUCAAAAUAAAUUGAAAAAAACACGUAAAACUUAUUGUCAAGAGAAAAAAGAAGGAGUAUCUUAUCAGUCAGGCAAUUUUAACAUCCCUGAAGAAGUAGAUGAUGGUGAUAAUUAUACAGCAGAAAGUCCAAUGGUAAUGGUAGAUUUAGAAACAACAAGUUUUUAUGCAUCAGCUGAUAUACUUCAAAUAGCAGCAAUAUGUAAUAAUCAUCACUUUGUUAAAUAUAUGUUUCCUCUUCAGCGUAUUGAUGACAAAGCAAGUGAAGUUAAUGGUUUCACAAUAAUUGAAGGAAAUCUAUGUCAAAAUAAUGUGGUGGUUGCAACUACUCCUCCAGUUACAGUAGCCAAAGAAUUCUUAAAGUUCUUAAAAGCAUGUGGUCCAAGAGCUUUUUUAGUUGCAGCUUGUAUAUGGUUUUAUCGAUUCCACUCCUUUAAUACGUCAAUAUUACAAGAAUUAUUGAAAUUAUUCAAAGUAGAUCGAGUUCGAUUAAUAAGCAAUGUUGUGACACUAAAAGAUAUUAUAAAAAAACUAAUCAACAGCAAAAAUAAAAAACUAUUGGUUCAAUCAUUACAACCUCUUAAGGAUAGCGGUAUUUCGAAAUAUAUUGUCAAUAAAAUCGCGAUUGCUAGUAUUACAUAUGGAAAAUUGAAAGAAAUCUAUAGAGAUUCCAGUGAUAAAGGUAUAAGAUUGUGUUUAAGCAAAAGUAUUGCAACUGCUAAGGGAGAGAUGAAACCUGUCGUCACUUCUUCUAAAAAAAUAAUUAAUGAAAUAACAGUAAUUUUAAGUAAUGAAACUCAUUCAAUAGAUGUAGAAAGUGAUGCGCAUACGACAGAAGUAGAGAGUCCUUUAGAUAACUUGCAGGAAGAAGAUUUGCAAGAAGAAGAAUGUGAGAGAGAUUCUAAAUCAGAAAGCCAAAUACGCUGUGAAUGUGUAAACUAUGAUUAUGAUUCAAAUACUGAUUAUGAUAGUGAUAAUUGA